UCUCCAUGAACAUGGGAUUAUCUCCCCACCUGGUAACACAGGUGUUGUUGAUAAAGCGGAACUGGGACGCUCGCCCCACACUAUCCGGCAACGCAGUUGAAACGAGCACAAUGCACCUCCACGCAAAGUGCACUUUUGCCAUAACAAUUGGCUUGUUGUUUUUUCACAGUUCUUUCGCGGAUCCCAAAGGUCCUCUGGCACUCCUCAGAUCGGGCAGCCUGAGGGGUAAGUACGUGAGUGUGGUGGGGAAGGAGGCCGUGGUGGAGGCCUACCUGGGCGUGCCGUUCGCCCAGCCGCCGGUGGGGCCUCUGCGGCUGGCCCCGCCGCUGCCCGCCACGCCCUGGGAGGGAGAGCGAGACGCCACACAGCAGCCAGCGAUGUGUCUACAAGAUUUAGAGAUGAUUGCGGGCUUCACUAAAAAUAUUUCAGUGCAAUUGGACAUUCCUGGAAUAUCAGAAGACUGCCUAUACCUGAAUAUAUACACUCCUGCAAUGUCCAAAGCAUGCCCUAAAUUACCUGUAAUCCCUACAGUAUGGAUCCAUGGAGGAGGAUUUGUUCUGGGUGCAGCGUCAUUAUACGAUGGUUCUGCACUGGCGGCCUACCAGGAUGUGGUGGUGGUUCUGAUUCAGUACAGACUUGGGAUCAUGGGCUUCUUAAGCACAGGGGACGAGCAUUGCCCAGGGAACUACGGCCUGCUGGAUCAGGUGACCGCCCUGCACUGGAUCCAGGAGAACAUCCACAGCUUCGGAGGGGACCCAGGAUUGGUCACAAUCUUUGGAGAGUCAGCCGGGGGAGUGAGCGUGUCCCUGCAGCUUCUCUCUCCUCUGUCUUCCGGGCUGUUCCAUCGCGCCAUCGCAGAGAGCGGAACUGCAAUGAUGGGUGGAGUCCUUAAUUCCAUGCCUCUGACUUUUGCACAGAUGGUGGCUAAUAUGUCCGGCUGUGACAUCACCAGCUCAAAGACGAUUGUGGAGUGCAUGAUGCAGCUAUCUGAAGAGGACAUUAUAAAUAACUUGGAAAAGCUAAGAAUGAUUCCCUUGGGGGUGGUGAUUGAUGGAGUGUUCCUCACAAAGUCGAGGGAAGAAUCCUUCCAGAACCAUGAAGUCAACAAGGUCCCAUUCAUGACGGGCGUCACAGACCUGGAAUGCGGAUGGUUGUUGACCAAUUUCUUCGCUCCUCCCGGCUGGGUGGAUGGUAUGGACCGGGAGCAGGUUGCACCCAUUUUGUCAAUGUUCAACACCAAGGUGAGGAAUAAAGUCCCAACAAAAAUUGCAAUUCGGGAUGGGUGCUUGGAGAUGAUGGGGGACAUUUUAUUUAACAUUCCUGCUAUCCAGGUCGCCAAUUAUCACAGAGAUGCAGGCGCGCCCACGUACCUCUACGAGUUCCAGCAAGCUCCCAGCAUCAUCCAGGACCAGCGCGCCAGCUUCACCAAGUCUGACCACGGGGACGAGAUCCACUUCGUCUUCGGUGCCUGCUUCUGGAACGGGGGGCACAUCAAGUUCACUGUGGACAAAGCUGUUUGCACAGAGGAAGAGCAAAAGCUGGCCCUCACAGUGAUGGAGUACUGGGGCAACUUUGCUCGCACUGGGUCUCCCAAUGGAGAGGGUUUGGUGGAGUGGCCGCAGUACGGAGAGAGGGAGGAGUACCUGGGCCUCGGGCUGGAGCAGAGAGUGGGUCAGCGGCUGAAAGGGAACCACUUUGUCUUCAUGACCCAGACGGUGCCGGAGAUGGUGCAGCAGAGGCACAGCGAGCUCUGAGGGCCACGAGUGUGUGUGUGUGUGUGUGUGUGUGUGUGUGUGUGUGUGUGUGUGUGUGUGUGUGUGUGUGUGUGUGUGUGUGUGUGUGUGUGUGUGUGUGUGUGUGUGUGUGUGUGUGUGUGUGUGUGUGUGUGUGUGUGUGUGAGAUACUGCAUACCAGGUAAAUCAGUAGUCAGUUGCACUACACAGGGUCCAAGGUAUCAAUUGAGCCUGAACCCCCUGUGUUGCUGUCAGAUAUGCAGUAGAUAGAAAAAAUAAAAAUAUUAAAUGAAAAAGACUUUUCACCACUGCGGGGCACUGCAAUAAACAAAAACAACAUUUUGCCUUGUAAGUGUUAAUGUGUUUCCCUUAACAACAGACUUCAACUGCUGUAGCCCAUCCACUUAGAGUUAUGCAUUGUGUGCUCAGAGAUGCUCUUCUGCAUACCACUGUUGUAAUGUGUGCUUAUUUGUAUUACUGUCACAUUCCUGCCAGCUUUGACCAGUCUGGCCAUUCUCCUGUGACCUCUCUCAUUAACAAGGUGUUUCUGUUGGCAGAACUGCUGCUCACUGGAUUCUUUUUGUUUUUUUGCACCAUUCUUUGCAAACUCUAGACUAGAGAUCAGGAGAUCCCAGGAGAUCAGCAGUUUCUGAAAUACUGUGUAUUCUGAGAUACUCAAACCAGUCUGCCAGUGACUUAGGUCACAUUUUUCCCCCAUUCUGAUGGUUGAUGUGAACAUUAACUGAAGCUCCUGGUCUGUAGCAACAUGAUUGUAUGCAUUGCACUACUGCCACACAGUUGCCUAAUUAGAUUAUUACACUUACUUAUUCAUGUG